AGACUUCUUCUUUCAAGUUGUCUUUUAUAUUGGGAAACUUUCUAAUCUUAACAGCAAGGUUAGUGUUCAAUCUCAAGAAUUUCUGAAUGUAUUUCUUUAUCCACAGAAAUAUACCCUGGGGAAAAAAUAUAAGAGGCUGCUGAGGCUGCUGGUUCUCCCAACCACUGAACAAUAAGAGAUUUAACACAUGAUGGGGCAAGAAGAACCACAAAAUAAACUAGAAGGAGACCAGCAUUCCCAGCUGAUCCCUUGGGCCAUUGCUAUUUUUUUCAUGUCACUUCUGAGUGCCUGUUUUAUUGCAAAUUGCGUGGUGACUCAACACAACUUUCUAUGCUGUAAGAAAGGAGCAGGGGUGUUAGGAUUCCCAAAGCACCACCCAAAGCUGACGUGCGUCAGAGAGAAACCAGAACUGAAAGGGGGCACCUGGAAUUGCUGUCCUGUGGGCUGGAGAGCCUUCCAGUCCAAUUGCUAUUUUCCUUUUAAUGACAACAAGACUUGGACUCAGAGUGAAAGCUACUGUACAGGGAUGGGGGCUCACCUGGCCACCAUCAGCACAGAAGCUGAGCUGGACUUUAUCACUCAAUUUUUGGAUAGACGAUUUUCAUAUUUCUUGGGACUUACAGAUGAGAAUCUUGAAGACCAGUGGCGUUGGGUGGACAAGACACCAUUUAACCCACAGAUGGCAUUCUGGCACGAGGGUGAACCCAAGUAUCAGAAAGAAAAAUGUGUUGUCUUUUUUAAUGACAAAGGCAAAUGGGCCUGGAAUGAUUUUCCUUGUGACUUUAAGACAAGUGGGAUUUGUAAGAUGCCUGGAACAGCCUUCAACAAGAAGCCUGUGAAGGGGUCCCUGUUAUGA